UUCUUAUUAAUAAGCAAAAUCUGAUUUAAAGAAAAGCAUAAGAGCAAAUAACGAGGAAGGCUUUAAAAGGGGUAACUAACAUUAAUAUUAUUAAAUAAAGAUUUUAUUCAGUUUGCGGAUGGUUAUGUUCCUCAGGUCUCACGAAGAAGUGAAAUAACAGCUAAUAAAGGUAAAGUGACAAAUAUAACUCGUCUAUUAUCAUAUCCGUAUAAAAGUAAACAUCUCAUUUCGUUCUCAUGAAGGAAUGUUAAAAAGGUAUCGCGGUGCAUAUAUUACUUUACAAAUUAUUAUUGCGUGCAGUUUCCUGUGUUAACAAACUUGCCAGAUUGAACUUUUAAAAUCCGGGUAAAGCAAAAUAAUGUAUAAUGAUUUACAUCGAAAUCCAUUCAAGCGGAGACUUAAAAGUUCACGUUUAUUUUAUAUAUAGAAAGUGACAAAUAUUUGUUGUGUACCUAUACAUUUUCUCACAUUGUAUUUAUUAUACAAUUUGUGUCAAUGGAUAAAUUUAUAACACUUAGCUGUUGAUUUCGUAUAAAACAUCAAAGCUGGUGGAAUGAAAAUAUAUAAAUAGGGAUUUCUACGAAAAUGCUUUAAGAUAAAAAAGGAUAAUCGUGUUCGAUCGGUGACACUAAACCAUUCGGCUUCGUUUUGAAGUGAUCUAAUAUGCACUGUAGAUGGAUAUAUAAGUGUACAUGUGUGUGUUAAGACUAUAUUUAUUAAUGAAUGUUUGUUAACAGAUUUUUAAAAGUAAACAGUGAUGUUACUGGUUGCUCGGUGCAAUUUGAAGGGUCCUUUAAAAAUGAACAUAGCAUCGUGCAUAAGUUUCGCUGAAUACUACAUCUCAAGCACAUUUUAUAAUAAAGUGCCGGUAUAGGUUUGCACUUGAAAUUAACCUGAUCUGUAACUUAUGACUUAUAAAUGAAUUCGUGAUAUAUCAUUUUACAACAGCAGUUGGUGUAAACGUUACCAUGAAUUUAAAUGAAGAUGGUUAAAACACAAAUUUUGCUGAACAUUAAACACAUUUCAAACGAUUUAUCAGAUACAUCAGUGGAAUAAAAGCAGUAUGUGCUCAAGCAGCGAGGUUUGAAUAUGUCUUACAACGGAAGACCAUUACCAAAGUCUCGAGCGCUGAGUCUUACAUCUCAGACUUCAAUUGAAUUAGACGCUACGAGGCUUUUGGAGCUUAUAACUGCAGACGACACAACAGGAAGUGGUAAACCAGAAGUGAAAAUCACGCGCAAAUCUUUAUCAAAAAUAUCAAAAGAUCUCAAUUUAACUGAAGAAGAAUUAGACAUCAUUUUUGCUGCUCUGGAUAGUGACGAAGAUGGAUUUAUAACGACAUCAGAAUUACGUCAGAAAGCGCUGACGAACAGUCAAUUUAUAUUUGAAAAAUGUCCGAGUGAAGUUGACGCUUUAUCAGAACUUGGAGAGGAACUUUCCCUUUUGGACACCUACUGCCAGGAACAAGUAUGCGAGUUAUACCAGCAACUUCAUCACGCCGGAAAUCCAGAAUUGUUGGAAACAUAUGAAUCUUGCAUCCUAGGUAUUCUAAAAGAUCUCAGACAACAUCAAGUUGAAAAUGACAGGCUUGAAAAAUCAUUUAAAAGAGAGAAAGAGCAACAUGAACGACACAUGCGACAGAUGGAAGAGGAAAUGGAAAUGCAAGUACAAAGAGUGGAAGAAAGAGUCAGGAAAAAGGAGGAAGAAAAGAAAGAAGAGGAGAAAGCUGAAAUGAGAGGAAAGGUGCAAGAGGAAAUCAACAUGCUUCAACAGAACCUAAAACGUCUUCAACAGGACGGACCGGAGGCGAAGAAUAAGGAGAUAGAAGAACAAUUACUGCAUUUAAAGGGUAAAGUGGAAGAAAUGACAUUUGCUAAUAGGCAAUUAAAAAGUGAGCUGACAGAUGCACAUACUAAUCUCGCGCUUGUAAAGGGUGAUUUUGCCUCUGUUAAACAACAACUGAAUGAGAAGAUACACGAAAUUUCUAUGGAUAAAGAAACAAUCAGUGAAUACCAACGGGAACAAGAAAAUCUAACGAGACAAUUACAUCUAUUACAUGACGCCAACAAACGUCUUCAUGAUACCAACGAUGAUCUUCGAGAGGCAGUUGAAGUUGCUCGCCGUGCUUCUCCGAUACGUCAGCAAUCUGUAACAGGUUUAUCAACAUUGUCAUGGUUUCGUGACGAGAUUGCCAAAGAACGUAUUCGUAAGAGAUUGUCUAAUACCAGUACUGUAGGAACUCUUCCAGAUUAUAGGAGAGGCUCAUUGAUGAGCGAAUACUUCCAAAGUGCUCCUCUGAUCCGUUCCCGGAUGGGUUCACAGUCUUCUCUGAUAGAAGAACCUCAUGCGGCCCCCGUCACAGUACAAAAUCUUGCUAAACAUUCUCCAAGAGUUGUUCCCGUGAAACUCCCGCAUCAAGAUACUUGUGAGUCUGACGCGGGUAUUCUUGAAGACAUAGAUAGUGGGCAUUCAACCCUUCGAGAUGGGAAUGAAAAUGACCUGGAUAGGGAAGCAUUUUUAAAUGAUGCUGAGACUAUGCAUAGAUUAAUGGCUGACAAACGCCAUCGGCGUAGCAGGUCAAACAGAGAUCUUCCAUUGAUCGAGGAUAUUGAUUCAAAUGACGAGAUGGAUACAGAAUCAGAGAUUCCUUUAGAUUGUGUAGAUGCUAAACUUUACCGCCAUGUUGUUGAUCAACGGCGUAUAGGUUCAGGGAGCAGUAGAUCUUCAUCUUCACGUAGUUCACGCUCACGGGAAGGCUUUAGUCGAAGACAAAGCACAUUGACUCAAGAUACUACAGCAAAAGUGAGCAAGGAUCCGGACAGAAUGUUUAAAGUUGUGUUGGCAGGAGAUGCAGCUGUGGGAAAAUCUAGUCUAAUAAUGAGGCUAUGCAAAGGGAAAUUCUUUGAAAAUCUCAGUUCUACAUUAGGGGUUGAUUUCCAAACGAAAAUGAUAGAACUUGAUGGCCGUACGGUGGCGCUUCAACUCUGGGAUACAGCAGGACAGGAACGUUUUCGGAGUAUAGCUAAAUCAUACUUUCGAAGAGCAGAUGGGGUUCUUCUCCUGUACGACUGUACUUAUGAACGUUCAUUCAUGAGUAUCAGAGAGUGGAUGGACUCGAUUGAGUCUUCUCAGGACGGCUCGAUUAAAAAGUUACCCAUAAUGCUAUGCGGCAACAAGACAGACAUGCGCAGUGAAGCGGAACGUCUUGGAAGAUCCAUUGUUUCAUAUGACGACGGUCAAAGAUUAGCAAGGGAAUAUAGUGCUUUAUUUAUAGAAACUAGUGCAAAGGAUGGAACAAAUGUUAGCGAAUGUGUCACCGAGCUCACCAGACUGAUGAGGGCCAACGAGGAUCUUGAAGUAAAAGAAAGCGGCUUACAGCUUCAUGAAAAUAACACAAAAGGCAAGGGUUGCUGCGGAUAGAAUUCAUCGGCUGAUGGCCGUAUCAGCUGUACUCGGUUAUUCAAUAUAUCACAAUAAUGAUAUAUCAGUGGUUUAAAUUGAACAAGAAGUGUUUAUAAAAAAACUUUAUUCUGAUUUAACUCUACUGUCAGAAUUUAGGAGUAAAUAAUUCAAUUGUCAUUACCGAGAUCAUGAACAAGUAUCCAAACUUAAAUGGCCAGUUAGCACAACGGAGCUAUUAUAGCUAUUACAGAAGUGUUUUAUUGUACGAAAUGUGAACUUGUUUCAUGCCCAUACUAUGAUCGCUAAAACCCUGUUUGUGUGUUUUAAGCAAUCAGGAAAGAAAAUCUGAGGUGAAUUUCUCUUCGAAAGUAUUUCGUAGUUGUUCCCCUUUUUACAAGUUUAGUAGUAACUAAGUAGAUCUAAUUUAUUAAUAGUUUCUCAGUUCCUCACAAAGUUUAUCUCUAUAGAAAAACUCUUACUAGAGACAUAUAUAUCUUUUUAUUCAUGAAAUUGCCAUUGACUUUUAGGUUGAUUCUCGCUCUAUUUUGAUUUUGUUUUUCCAUGUCGCAAAGUUUGGUUUUAUUAAAGAUUUUUUCCCGAAAAUAAUAUAUAUUCCAGGUAUAUAUGAAGUCGUAAUAAUGUAGGACUUUUCUGUCUCAUAGGCGUUCCUUUAUUUCGUCUGUUACCGUAUAUGUUUCAAGAAGCAAUCUGAAUACCCCUUUUCGGUUGUGCUUGUAUGGCUUCAUAAACGGGCUUAAUCAAACCGAGCCUGCAACAAUUUCGAAUAUGUCGUGUUGAGCGAUCUGUGGUGAUCCACUUUUUUUUAUUUCAUACAAGGAUUUGGUAGAUCAAACUCUUUCCGACUAAGUGUCAUUUGGGGUGCUUUUACCAAUAUUAUUUGGUCAUAAAACAUAACAUCUGUUUCGGAAUCAGUUCUUGAUUCAUGACAUGGUAACAGGAAAUGCACUCGAUCGUCUUACAGAAACUGAAUGUGAACAAUGUUCUUGGGUUAGAAAAAUUAAUAUUUAUUUUUAUAUAUACACAUGCUUAAAAACACAAACGUGUUCUUAUCACUUUAUUUUUAAUCUAGUCCCUUAUUUCUUGCACUAGUUAUUUUACACAUUGUUUCUGUGAAUUGCAAAAUAUGUAUCAAUAUAUUGGGAUAUGUUUAUUUAUAUUUUUUGUUUAAUAUAACACCAUUAAGUAGGUUUUACUAUGAAUAGUUAAAUCAUUUGGAUAGUAUUUUUUUUAUAAAGUUUAAUGCAUGUACCAUAGAUUUGUAAUAGUUAAUAGUUAAUUUUUGUAAUAAUUUGAUAUUCGUCGGCAUGUUUAAAGACAUCUUGCAUCGUUACUACUGAAACAGUGUCUUUACGUUUUAGAAAAGAAAAUAUACUAUCUGAGUAUUGGAAUGAGAAAGGUCCGCUGUUCAUAUUAGAUAGAGACAUUUGAAUUGAUCCUGAGAACAAUUUACCUUUUGAAAAUUUGGAAACCCCGCUUGAGUGGACCUUUUAUUCAACACCAUGUCUUCUCAGUUCUCCCAUUUUCUUUGAACUUUGUAUGUAUGUUCAAAUUCACCAUAGGACCAUGUUACUUCAUGGCCGUCAUGGAAAGAAUGACACAUGGCUCAUUCCGGAUAUGUUGAUUUUUUGUUUGUUUUGUAAUGUGAACUGUUUAAGUUUCAAGUACUUGUAUUUCAUGUAAGUGUAAUAGUUAAAUGUCGUUAUUUUGUUAAUUGUUCUUAAUGUCAAAUAAGUAACAAAAUGUUAUUGUUUUACCAUUUGAUCUAAAUAAAUUGAGUUUUUCUCUGAGUUGAAAGUUAUUAAUUUCGCUGUUGUUUAUGCUUAUUUAUUCUUACUAAAUGUCAAGGCUAUGUUUUACCAAAUAUUUGGACUUUAAUUGUAUCUGCUCACGAAUUUCUUUCAAAUUGUUAGACAUGUAAUAAUUCCGAAUUGGAGAUAAGGUUUUGUUCAUAUCACAAUAAAAUAAUGUAACGAAGUACAUUUUGGUAAAUGAACUGAAACGUUCAAAAUUACUACACUGCGAACAAUAUCUGUAUGAUUAUUAAACGUCUAUGAUAUGACCCACUUAAAAUCCUGAAUUUAAUUCUCUCAUGAUGCUUGUUCUUUGGUGUUAAAAUGUUGUGCAUUUAGAGCAGCAGGAUCUAUGUCUAAUUCUUGAACACUUUCAUCGCUUUUGUAACCAACUGGUAGAUAAAGUAGAAUCAGUUCCUUGAUUUGACUGUUCAGCUUUAAUUACUGAAAUGUUUACAAUUAUGCUUUAUGAUUAGGCUUGUACCUAUAACUACGUUUACUCUGGAAAGUACAGUAACGGUAAAUGAUCGAUCCGACAUUUCUUUUUGUUUCGAUCCUGCUUAAUAUACGAACCUUACAGCUUUGGAACCUGCUGACCUGAUAAAUAUCUUGUAGAUGUUGACCUCGUUGCUCUAUGGUUGUUUACAAAUUUACGAUUACAUAUAUGUUGCUUUCUUAUGACUAGAGCUACUUAUGUUUAGCAGUGAUGGUAAAGAUACUGAAAAUAAAGUUACUCAGAUCUUAAAAGUUUAAAGUUUGCGUUUUUAAUUGUUACUAGUAUGGUUUAUUGAUAUCAAAUUGUUGAAAAUUGUAAUUGUUAGGAAUUGUUGAUAUUAUUUCUGUUUUAAUGUUAAUUUACGUCAAAAAGAUGAAGAUUGUUAUUUUUGAAUGGUUAACUUUAUUGACAGCAUUAACUCUUGUUUCUUUCAAUGUUUCAAUGUUGUUUUGAUUAUCAAACUUUACUGAGACUUGUUAUUAUUUGUUUUACUGUUUAAUCCACCUUUUCUCUUUCAGUUUUCUUCAAAUAUAAGACAAUACCGUUAAUUUGAUAUCCUAUUUUAAAGAACCCUAAAGAAAGUAAUAUAGGAACGUUUUGAAUUUAAAAUAUCUUCGUUAUUUGAAUUUAUUGUAUAAAAGACUUUGAAAUGGUAUUCUCCAGUGUAAAUUUCAGUCAUUUUGGACACUAACACGAUUUGUUUGAAAUCACAAUUCAAUUUUGGCUUCAUUCGUUGAAGGAUUAUUGUAAAGUUUCAGGAUAUCUUACAGUAAAAUAUUGCAACUUGAGGGCAUGACGGAGGGAUGCAUAUUUUUGAUGGCCAGAAUUAUACGUAGAUAAAAUAUAUAUGUUUUGCCGUAAGAUUGACAUUAA